CUCAGUGGGAGAGCGGAGGUGAUAUACGUACUCCCACUAACGUGGCUGCCUGGUGACUGCGGCUCUGAGUGUCUAGCGACGUCUGAGUGUGCGGUGGGAGGAGCGUGUUACCAAGACAAGAUCUACUCGUCUUGUCGUUCUUCAGAUAAAUCCUGCUAAGUAAAGGUUUCCUGGUUUCAUAUUCAUUCCCUGUCGCUCCUUUUAUAUAUAUUAUACACGAGUGUCAUACAUUCAGUGUGAAUUUACGAGUUGAGGAAUGACAAACUUGUAGCGUUGACAGUGGAGGGUGGAGUAUGAGGUCCCGCCCCUCCGAAGGUGGAGCCUAGGGAGAGGGGCGGAACCAGGCCCGGACUACCAACCCUAAACAUCACCGUCCUGGAGUGUGACCUUAGACGCUGUGCACCACGGACGCGGCGGUCGGACGCUGUGCACGUGGCUCUGGGGGGAAGUAUAGUGUUGUGACAAGUCGUGCACACGUCGAAGCCUCCGUGCACACUCUGGAGACAAGAGGCGGAGUUUGGGCGGCGUCGUUUAGUAGUACUAGCCAGGUGGCAGAGGGUUACACUGCUGCUCCGGGCUAGUUGAGUGAGUGGCUUGACGCAUCCCAUACCACUACCACCACCUAGCCCUCUCCGCGCCACCAACCAUCCUUACCGGGGAUACCUAACGCUAAUCACUCUUACCCUCUAGUGUGUGACCAAAAUACAAAAUAUUGCAAUAGUAAGAUAUCCAUAAAAAUCAUAUUCAUAAUAGCAAAUGACGAGCAGUGUUGAGAGGCAGUGUGAGAUGGCCUCCUCAACCACCGUAACUGGUGUGACGUGCUAACAAGCGUCGGGAAUGUGACGACAAGGAGGUGUGACACACCAACCCGUCACGUUUCCCACCCCCCUCCACCCCUACUACGUCACCAUGUUGGGGGUGGAAUCCAAGCCCAAUGACACGGACAGAUUCAAGCCGGAUAGCCAUGAAAAAGCUCUGGAAAACUUGGGCUUCCGAAGCAUGUUUGGCGGCGGCCUGGGUGGCACCUUUGGUGGUCUGAGUGCCAGCUUGGGUGCCGCCCUGUCCAUGAGCAACGAUCGCCUGGGCGUUGGAACUGGGGGCGUGGGCCUGAGGGACUCGACCGUGGGUUCGGGCGUGGGCAUGGUGCCCGACAUCAGGGGCAGCAGAGAAAAGGAAGCCGGGCUGGAACUAGCGAAGCCAUCCCUCGUGCUGGACAUCGCAUCCCUCAUCCUGUAUGGGUGCCAGGCGCUGCCCAUACGCCUCAAGAUACUACUCGACCGACUCUUCGCCGUGCUCACCCACGAAGACGUGCUGCAGGUGCUGCACGGCUUCGGCUGGACGUACGAGGACUACGCCAGAGGAUACAAACUCCAGGACCGCCAGGGCAACACUCUUCACAGCUGGCACAUGAUGAGCACCGAGGAGGAGACGCUGGUGCUGCGCCAGUUUCUGAGGUUCGGAGAGACGAGGAACAUUGCUCAGCAGCUUCUGCAACACGACGGCACCUCCCCUAGGCCCGACCACGGCCUCUCCCUCAGAGACUCUCACAGGGACUCCCACAGGGAACUACACAGGGACAGGGACAUCCAUAGAGACUCCCUGAGGGAUUUGCACAGGGAUCCCCAUCGAGAUCUCCAUAGAGACACUCUGAGAGAUGUGCACAGGGAUAGUCACAGAGAAAUAAGGGAUAUUAGGGAUAGGGAUCCUCUGAGAGAUGUUAGGGACUUCAGGGAUGAACUGCGGCGGGAAGAGAGCCGUCGGGAGGAGCCACAAAGGUCGCAGCACCAACCACCCCACCACCACCACCAACCCCACCACCACCAUCACCACCACCAGCAGUCCGAGAUAGGCAAAAACAUGGACUCCGACCUCAAGAAAUUCCUGGAGCGAACCAACAUGCUGUUUAGUCCCUUUAUCAGGGGAGACCCAAGCUCACUGCUGCGGCCGCCUCCUCCUUCAGGUCCCCCUGGGCUGCCUCCUGCACCCCCUCCUCUGUCAGCAGCAUCUCUUGCAUCCAACCUCCUAGCGGCAGCUAGUCCUUCUUUGGCCACUUCUUUACUAGCUAACCCUCAGUUAGCCUCUUCUGCCCUCUCCAUGUUGCGUCUCCCUGUUCCCCCAGUCUCUCUUCCCAAUAUCUCGCCCAACGGUUCUUUGCCCAACAGCUUCGGUUCCCCGACGAGUCCCAUGGGCGGCUCCCCACUCAACAGACUUCAAAGUAUGCAGCCCUACGACAUCCGGAAAGAAAGACAGAGCCCAAGUCCGGCUUCCAGGGGCGAGCCAUCCCUAGGACACGGAGGUCGCGGCGGCGGCGUGGCUAGUCCGGCUAGUAGUGGUGGCGGCGGAGGCGUCCAGGUCAGUGUCAGUUGCGGCAGCGUAACGCCCCUUGCCGCCACCGCCGCCCAGCCUCCGCCGCCCACGCCCGUCUCCAUCAACAGUGACCCACCCACCGACUACACAAGCGAUGACGAUGAUAUAAGUUUUUCAGCCUCCACCACUGCCCUCAACCUCUCCACCACCUCCACUACAGUGGUCACUAGCGCCACGCCCACCACCCUUUCCAUGCCUCCGAGGCCGCAGUCUCCCGUGGGCGGACCCAACACACCUGGCAAGAGAUCGUGGAACCCAAUAAACAUGGGAACGUCGCUCAUCAACCCAGUGACAGGCAAGAAACGAGUGCAGUGUAACGUCUGCCUCAAGACUUUCUGCGACAAGGGCGCCCUUAAGAUCCACUUCUCAGCCGUGCACCUGCGGGAGAUGCACAAGUGUACGGUCGAGGGCUGCAACAUGAUGUUCAGUUCACGGCGCUCCAGAAAUCGUCACUCGGCUAACCCAAACCCGAAGUUGCACACGCCACACGUUCGCCGCAAGAUCUCGCCGCACGACGGUCGUACCUGCGCCGCACAUCCUGUGGUGGGGCCGCAUCUUGGUGCUCAGGGAUUCCAGCCCCCUGCCGGGUUCCCGCCUAUUGGCGCCUUCCCUGGUCAAUUCAGUGGCAUCAAUCCCCUUACUGGCCUCCCCUUCAUCCCACCUUCUGCAGCAGCUACUGAAGACCUUCACAAACAGGCGCUGGAGUUGCAACGACGCACAUUGGAGAUGCAACACGCUAUGGGUAAAACCUCGUUGGACCUGUCCAUGCGAGGCCGCGAUGAAGGGCCUCCUUGGAGGUGUGACUAUGGUAACUUUAACACCUCGAUGGUUCCUGGCGAAGAUGGAAUGUCAGGCGACAAGAUGCAGAAUGAUAGCGGGGAGGGCAAGCGAGGGAGGGGUGAUGACGACUUCCACGCUAAUAAUAGCCUCGACGACGAAAUAGACGAUGACAGCAUGAGUGUCGACACCCAGAGCAUAAAGGGAGAACCAGGUGCCUCACCCUCCGCCAACAAGCGGAAACGAAAGAGCCAAAAUCCAACGAAGUUUGCCUUCAGACUAGAAGAUGAUGAUCUGAUAUCAACAGAUGACGACGACGAUGAUGACAACGAUGAUGAUCUGGACGACAUAGAUGCAAAAGACUCAGAGGAUGAUAAGAAUGAAGAUAAAGAGUUAGAUGCCAUGAGUGAUGACGACGAAGAUACCAGUGGUGCCAUGAAGGACAGCUCUUCCAUGAGCUGUGGCGAUAAAUCAAAAAACGAUAAAGACUCUGAUGGCAGCAACCGGAAAGUCUCCUCUAGUAGCUUCGACGAGUCGGUCGACACAUCUAAUGCGUUGCGGCAUCUCGAAGAUCUCUCUAAGGGCCACUUCGCUCACCUCUCCGGUGCUGUGCCCCCAAACGCGUCAGCGUCACUCGGCCUCCAGAUGGCGCCCUCGGGCAAUGGCGUCACAUCUUCGAGUCCCAGGCCAAGUGACCGUGACAGCGACCGGGACUCGAACCCAGGUUCCCCAUCGGAGGACUCCGACGGAGCUUUCCAAUUUGGCGAGGGUGGGUUUCUGAGUAGCCUGGACAUUCCCAUAGACAAAGAGAACCCUCGCCGCUGCAUAGCAUGCGGAAAGAUGUUCCAAAACCACUUUGGAGUAAAAACACACUACCAGAAUGUUCAUUUGAAGCUUAUGCACAAAUGUACUGUUGAGGGAUGCAACGCCGCAUUUCCCUCUAAACGAAGCCGUGACCGCCACGCCUCAAAUCUCAAUCUUCAUCGAAAGUUGCUUUCCACCUCCUCGGAUGGUCCUGGCUUCCCCGCCAUGACGUUCCCUGGACUACCCUUCAACCCCGCCCUCAACCCAGAGCUGCUGGCACGCCUUUACUCUGACCCAAGCACUCUCCCUCUGGGCCUCGAUGCCCUCAAGGCCCACAUUCCGACAUCACUCGCAGAGUCGCUAUUCAAUGGCGACCUCGGGACAGGUGGAAGCGGCGGUGGCAACGGCGGCAGUGGUCUUCCACCAGCCGUUCAUCCUCCUCCACACUUCUUCCUUCCUAACCUUCUCCCGCACUUUACUGCUAAUAAUAAUCUUUCGGCGACAGAACGAAAAGAUCGCUCUAGUACUCCUUCGCCUCAGUCGACAACACCUACGACUACCGCCACCACCACCACAGGGCCACUCGUCACUGAGAUGGCUGAUUCUUCUCCGCCACCUCCGGAACCCACCCCCACCACCACUAACACCACCACCAACAACAAUACUACUACCAGCACCACCAGCGAAGAAAUGGAGCGAGACUGGGUUUACAAUCUCGAAGAUGACCUCCCCACGCCAGACCGUGAGGGCAACAUGCCCUGUAAGUUCUGCCACAAGGCCUUCGAGGACGGAGUGGGCCUCAAGAAUCACUACGAUGAGGUUCAUGCUUCAGAGCUCUUCCGCUGCACAGUGGAUGGGUGCAACAAGCUCUUCAGUGCCCGACGUAAGCGCAAUGCCCACUCCCUCAACGAUGCUCUUCAUCAGCACCUACUGGAGGGUGCGACGGCGGCGAGGACAACCUGAUGUCUUCGUCUUCUUCACUUGUGGCAGCUGCCCCGCGGGUCGGCCACCCCGACCUCUACCCCUCUGUAUAAAUGUAUAAAUGUGCCAAUGUUUUACGUCUUAUUUAUAUGUAGUGGUGUUAGAGUGCCCAGUGUUGCCCGCGUGUAUAUAGCAGUGGCUCCAGCUGCCCAGGACCCAGGCGGCUCAGUGUAGAGUAGAGGCUCAGUAACUGCAUGUGUGGCGCAUCUUGUAGUGCGCACUCGAGGCAGUGUCUGCCUUGGGGCUGUUUCUGUGGACAGUGCGCCCUCUAAAGGCACAGAGCUCUGUAAUAAAAAUGCACUCUUGAAAGACACUGCGCACCAGGGAUCAACAGCAUUUGUGUGGGGUUUGUGACUUGAAGGAACUUUCUAGUUACUACCCAACCUAGAAGAUGGCAUCUCCAGACUCUCCCUGGAGGUGAAAUGGUGUAUUGCAGUGUUGAUAUAGAGGCAAGAUGGUGAGUUGUAUUACGUGUAGUUACCCGGAGGUGCUGUGAGCCAUCUUAACGCUGAAUGAUUUAGAGCUGCAUUAAUGUUCUCAGGAUUCUUUGUGAAUCGUUUUGCAUACCAACAAAAUGGUAUCCAAGAGUCAGUGUUCAACUUCAUUGUGCAUUUGUAUUGAAUUUUUUUUUGUUUAUAUUGCUGUAAAUGUCGGUUUUAUACUGUGACUCGCUCUGUCAUCUGUGUAAAUGGUGCUAUAUUUUAGUUGGCACAUCCAUGUCUCCAUUUACGUACAAUUUUGGUUAUUAAGUUCAUGUUUUCCUUCGUGUGAUCGUAAUGUCAGCGUCUUCCACUAUAUUCCUUUUGCUGUGUUAGAGUGAACGCAUUUGCAUGAUCACAGUGUUUCUUAAACUCCCGCAGGAUAUGAGACAGCCACUAAAGAUGCAAUAAGCCUUCUUAAGAUAUAAAGAAUUUUCUUACAAUACGAGUGAUACUCUUAUACUCCCCAUCUUAAGAUAUUAAAAAAUGUUGGAUAAUCGCCUUAGAUGAGUUCCUUUCUUUAUUGUCUUUAAGGGACUAGUUUUUUCUCUUAACUUUGCAGAAGGUUAAAGGCUGUCUCUGGCAUUCCUGGCAAUGGCCAAAUUCAGAAACAAUAUUAAAAGUACUUUUUUUAAUUGUUUGCUCAACUCACUGCUAGUUAGUCACGGUGUAUUAUCACCCUUCCACAGCACCAGCUGCUAGUCUGCAGGUGACUAGGAAUAUUAAUAGCAUGUUGGGGAAAUUUCCAGGUGCAUCUCCUUAACUUCCACCAGAAGUUAACAGGUGAUUUAUCAUCCUGGAACAUUUAGUAGCAGAUGUGUGUGGAAUAUAUCAGUCGCAGUGGUUUAAGCCAGUUGUUUUAGGGAACAGAUACAAUAUAUGUAAAGAAUAUGGAAUAUGACAAGUACUUUGAGGGGAUACACCAACCAUUUUAAGAGAAUAUACCAACCUAAAACAAAUUACUUCAGGAACGUGUAUAAAAAAUUAUUAACCAAUUACUAAAGGGGUCAAAACGUGCCUGUCAAAAUGGUCGCCGCAGUUUGGGCAGCGCCUCGACCUGCCGAAGGGAGUUCGAGGAACACUUCGAGCCUUGUGAAUGCCUCCCUCCACUUGCCCCUUACCUCUUGGUGAAAACGUUUUGGCUUAAUUUACUGUGCUGAUAGUCGCGUUCACCCUCUUUUGCCCUACACAAGAGAUAGAAGAACGACAAUCAACAGUGUGAAAUUGCCAAAGAUUCUUCUCUCCCUUUAUUUUAACACUUCGUUCAUUUAUUUUUGUCUUAUGUGUUCUCGAGUGAAACGCUGAAUGAUAUUCCUUGUGGUCUCCGGUUCUAAACUGGAGUGAGCAGUUGAGACAAUACUUCUAAAUGAGGUGUGUGUAAGGUAGAUAUCUGUCUCUCUCUCUCUCUCUGUCUCUCUCUCUCUCUCUCUCUCUCUCUCUCCUCUCUCUCUCUCUCUCUCUCUCUCUCUCUCUCUCUCUCUCUCUCUCUCUCUCUCUCUUACUCUCACUCUCACUCUCAUAGAGAAUGUGGGUCUAGCCACACCAAACCUCGUAGAUAAUCGAACCCCGGACCAACCGGAUUAGAUCUCUUCAUAAUAGUAUUUUUAGUCAUAACAGUUAAGGUGUCCAACAAGUAUAGUUUCUAAACCACUGACUGAAUAUCAUCCAGUUUGUAAACAAGCGACAAAAAAGGUAUAUUUUUUUCUCACAAUGGUUCAUUACCUGGUUCGGUUGUCUGCUAAAAAUCUCACACAAAUCUAAUCUGGGUAUCUCGACCUUCCUGAUCUCGACGUCUGGUCCGGAGCAUCUCUUCUACUCUCCUCCUCCUCCUUUUCGGGGGAAGAUAAUGCCAUAACCAUUCUUUUUUUUUUAUCUCAGCUCAAAAAAAAUGGGGGAAAAUAAUAAUGUUCUAGGGCCAGCUGUACUUAUAAUAAAAAUAAUAAUUAAAACAUUGUGUCAAACAUAUGUUUUUGUACAAGUGUGUGUGUGUGUGUGUGUGUGUGUGUGUGUGUGUGUGUGUGUGUGUGUGUGUGUGUGUGUGUGUGUGUGUGUGUAUGUGUGUGUGAUGGCCCCAAGCAACCUGCAGAAGCAGCGUCUGGGUUGCGCUCGUAGUGUAGGUUGGAAGAAGGAAGAUAACUAGUGUUUUCUGAACGAGUCAACCCUCCCUUCCUCCCUUUUCCCCACUCCUCUUCUUCCUUACCUUCCUUUUUUCCUACCCCCUUCAUUAUCCUAAUUCCUCAUCCCCCCCCUGUCCCACCUUACCCACCCUCUACCUCCCUCCCACACCAAUUCCUUCCUCCCAACUGUCCCUUUCUUCCCUAUUGUCUCAUCUUCAUCCCCACAAAAGCCCCAUUUUUCCCCUUAGGGUACUGGUGUAUAUCAAGUCUACUGUAGUGGUCUGCUGUUGGGACCUGAUCAGUGAUCUACUAUUAAGAUCUGAUUCAGUGGUUUACUGUUAGGGCCUGAUUCAGUGGUCUGCUGUUGGGACCUGAUUCAGUGGUCUGUUAUUAGGGCCUGUUUCAGUGAUCUACCUUAGUGGUCUGCUGAGAUCUGAUUCAGUGUUCUGGUGUUGGGACCUGAUCCAGUGAUCUACUACAGUGGUCCUGCUGUCGGAACCUGAUCAAUUGGCCUACUACAGUGGUCUUGCUGUAGGGACCUGCUCCAGUGGUCUGCUGCAGUGGUUCUGCUGUAGGGGCCUGCUCUUGUGGUCUACUGCAGUGGUCCAGCUGUAGAGACCUGCUCCAGUGACCUACUACAGUGGUCUUGCUGUAGGGACCUGCUCCAGUGGCCUACUACAGUGGUUUUUGCUGUAGGGACCUGCUCCAGUGGUCUACUGCAGUGUUCCUGCUGUCGGGACCUGAUCCAGGGGUCUACUACAGUGGUACAGCUCUAGAAGUCAGCUCUAGCAUCCUACUCUAGACGUCCGCUACAGAAAUACCGAGACGCUGGCCAGGGGCAGUUUUCACCUCCUCCCUCAUCCCUACACUGUGACUUCUAUUGACAUUUAAAAUAAAAAACAAAAAAUUACAGGAAAAAAAAUUCGUUGUUACGUCUUGUGCUGAACUUAGCUGUAAUUGUUAAAGAAAAUAAACAGGUUCUAUGUG